AUGGGCUCACAGUACCUCUCACUCGGCUCGAAGCGGGCCUUCAUUGUCAUGGCACUCGUCCUGAUCGUGUCACUCUACUGGGUCACCCUGUCGGUAGCGACCCUCGCUCCGUAUCCAAGCUCCGUUGUCGACUCGGCUGAAUCCGAUGCCGAGCCCGCCGACUGCGAGUCCAGCACCCGGACACCGCCUGCCCUGCCCAAGAUCGCCAUCCUGGUCUCGGAUUCGAGCGACACGCGCGACCGGUCGCUCGAGCGACACUCCCGUGUCUAUGUCGAGUCGGUCCAGCUCAAGGAGGACUAUGCCAAGCGGCACGGGUAUGCCUUUUUCAUCGACAGCGUCAUCGACAAGUCGAGACCUCAUUGGGGCCGGCUCGGCACGGCCUACACGAUCAUGAACACGAUGCCUUGGAUCGAGUGGAUCUUGUACAUGGAUGUCGAUACUAUGAUCAUGGAGCCGGACCUCAGCCUCGAAGACUUGCUCCUGCGCCCGUACAUGCGCCCGAAUCUGCAGCCGUCCACAACCGAGAACGACCGCUCUCGGCGGGACCAGCCCCAAGACGACCAAUCUGUCAUCCAGGGUGCCCCGGUUCGCUUCCGGGUCCAUGCCGUGCCGCCGCGCAACUACCAGGAGAUCGACUUUAUUGCCAAAUCCGACUGCACCGGCCGACCGCUCAACAACGGCGUGUACUUUAUGCGCAACAGCAACUGGACCAUCCGGAUGCUCGAGCAUGUCUUCAACGACCGCACCGACUAUGCUGGCACGGUCCAGCGGCCGGGUGUCCAGGACGCCAUGACCAAUGUCCUGAUGGCGUAUCCGCCCGCCGAGACCCGGCACUUCAUCAUGGGUCCCAAGGAGGCCACCUUCAACAAGUACACCGAGAUCUGCACCGACGACGAGGAUGCCGAAGACCACUGGUACCGCAAGGGCGACUUUGCCCUCCACCUGGCCGGAAUCGUCAACCGCGAGGAGCUGUGGACAUACUACAUCCGGAUGCUCUACCAGCGAUACCCGUUGGUGCUGCAUCAGAUGCUCGCCGCGCUGAAGACCAAGUGGUUCGGCCGGGCUCCUUGGGUCGAGGAGCUCGAGAGCAUGGUUAAGUCGAACCAGGUCAGCUCUUAGAGCUUGCCAUAUCCAGAAUGCAGUUCCGGCCCAGGCCCGAGCUGCGUAGAUGGUCUCUCGGCUCUGGGCGUGGCUCUGUCCACCGCUCCUGGCGCAGGAUCGACUGCCUUUCUCACCAGCCUCCAUCGCUCAAGCGCACCUCGUCGGCUCAACCUGGUUCCACCUCCCCUUAAUACCGCUGUGGGCUAUAUUGGUGCUUCCGGGAAGAAACAGUGCACGCGAAUCGGC